AUGGCGGCUGCACAGCUCGCCAUCGCCAAAGCCUCCCUUCUCGCCUCCUUUCUCAAGGCAGAUGCAGACGCCGGCCUCGCGUCGUGUUCUCGCGACGAGAUCGAGCAGUUCCAUGGCCUGCUCAACGCAGCCGUCGCCAAGUGCUCACCAACCAACGUUCAGAAAUGCAAGCAAUGGAUCCUCCAGCACCUGGUCGAGUCUCCCGCCCGCGCCGUCGCCUUUGGGAAAUACCUGGUCGCCCUCGCCUCCUCUUUCCCCGGCGGCGCGCAGAAGGCGCCUGGCCCGUCGUCGAAGCGGAGGAGGCUGCAUGUGCUCUACGUGCUGAACGACGUGCUGUUCCACGUCAAAUUUCGGACACGCAGUCCCAACGGCUUCUUCGACAAGAUUGCACCACAUCUUCCUGCCUUAUUUAAGAGCGCUGCCUCCUUCACGAAUGCCCCAAAGCACACAAAGAAGUUACACGACCUGCUCCAGUUGUGGGACAAGAACUCCUAUUUCUCAACCUCCGUGUUGGAGUCCUUGCGCGCCGCCGUCGAAGAGGGGCCAAAAUCGGAGGGCUCUGAAGCCAAUGGCGGGGAUGUCUCAAACAAGGCACAGGCGAGCUCAACGGCACGAGAGGCGCCUUUCAUACUGCCGUCCAUGCACGGCGACCCGUCAACGCCCUGGUACGACCUCCCCGCCGCUAAUUGGCUCCCUGUCAUAGAGCCAAACUCCACGAGGCCUAUGAAUCCGAACAUGAUCAAGCCGCUCCAACUGGCAGGCGGGCCGGCCGACAAGAACCUCGUCGACGCAGUGAAGAAGCUGCUGGGCGAUGUCGACAAGAUAUAUGCGAAAGAUGCCCACAUGGACGGCGACUCGGCGUUCGAUGUCAGCCAGAUGGGCGAGUUCAUCGAGCGCGACGAGCUAGGGGAUAUCGUCGGCGGCGAGACAUACUACGGCUGGUCCAGGAACUUUUGCGACAAGAUGAGGGCACGGCGGCACAAGGGGGACGGGAUGGACAUCGACGAUGACGAGCAGAGGGGUCGGCGAGGCUCCUCGCGCUCAAGCAGCCGGUCCAGGAGUCCCAGCCGCCGGCGCUCGUCAAGGCGAGACCCCUCACACCCGGCCACCAAGAGACGGCGGCUCUCGCACUCGCGGGGCCGGAGCUGGAGCAGGAGCAGCGCAUCACGGUCCCGCAGCCGAGGGGGAAGGGGGAGCCGCAGCCCGCGGCGGCAGCGGAGCUACUCGCGCUCUACGUCUCGGUCCCGGUCCUCGCGCCGCGGCCAGAACGGCAGGGGCAGGCCGAGGUCACGCCUGCGCGACUCCUACUCCCCACAGCCGGUGCUCUCGGGCGCCCAGAACUCGCACGGGGCGGGCUACGGGCCCCCGAAGGGCUUUGUGCCGCCGAAUCCGCAGCCAUAUCAUCAGCAGCAGGCGCCACCACUACCGGUGCCGCCGCCGCCGCCGCCUCCUUCAGGCCCAUACGCCCACCCAAACUUCCCCGCGGGGGGACCACCUCCACCACCGCAGCCUAGCAGGUUCAACUCGUGGAACGCCGCUGCUCCUCCCCCUCCGCCGCCGCCUCCGCAUUACCAGGGCCAAUGGCCUCCGCCUCCACCCCCGCCCCCCAUGGCAGGCAGCCACGGUCCGCAGCAGCAACAGCAGCAACCACCUCAGGGCUGGUUCCCGCCCGUCCCGGGCCCGUUCCCCCCGGGCCAGUGGGGCGGCGGCUGGGCGGCGCCCCCGCCUCCGCCUCCACCGUAUCCCCCCCAGGGAGGACACCCAGAACAGCAUCAGCAGCCGGGCGGGUUCCAGUAUGGCAGGGGCGGGAGCGGCGGCGGCGGCGGCAGUUACCGGGGCAGAGGCGGCGGGGGGUACGGCAGGGGGAGAGGAUGGUGA